UGAAGUCGAGGGCCACGCGGAGGCAGGUAGCCAUGGCCCUCGUCAGCACCGGUGAGCCGGCGUCCAAGCGGGCGAAGUACACGGGCGGCGCGGAGCUCGUCCCUGCCCUGCAGGAGCAGCUGAUCCAUGUGCAGCAUGUGAACCGAAAGAGCGGCCUCUUCGGCCCCACCAUGCUGCUCACGGGGCACGAGGGAGAGGUGUUUUGUUCCGAGUUCUCUCCCGAUGGCCGGUCAUUGGCAACCGGCUCCUUCGACAAAAGCAUCUACCUGUGGCACGUCUACGGCGAGUGCGAGAACUACGGGGUUAUGAAAGGUCACGCGAACGCGGUCCUGGAGAUCCACUGGAAGCACGAUGGGACCCAGCUAUACACCUGCUCCGCAGACAAGAGCGUGUGUGUUUGGGACCCCGAGUCUGGGAAGCGCCUGAAGAAGCUCAACGGGCACACGGCCAUCGUGAACAGCAUGCAGACUUCCCGGCGUGGCAUUCCCUACCUGGUCAGCGGAGGAGAUGACGGUACCACAAAGUUGUGGGACUUGCGGGUGCGGCGCUGCGUGCACACCUUUGAGCAUCAGUACCAGAUCCUGGCAGUUUCCUUCGACGACACGGCGGAGCGAAUAUUCUCCGGGUCCCUGGAUAACACCGUGCUGGUCUACGACAUGCGCAUGCGGGAUCAGGAUCCGGAGGUCCUCGAAGGACACGGUGAUAGCAUCACGGGCCUGGAUGUGUCCAAGGACGGCAACUUCCUGGCAACGAACUCCAUGGACAACACGGUGCGGAUUUGGGAUGUCCGGCCCUUCGCCGGUGGAAGGAACCGGUGUCUCCGAAUCAUGCGAGGUGCCACCCACAACUUUGAGAAGAAUUUGCUGCGGGUUCGAUGGUCCGAGCGGGACGCCCUGCUGGCUGCGGGAUCAGCGUGCCAGCAUGUGAACAUUUGGGACAUGAAGAUGCUGCAGCUGGCUUACAGGCUCCCGGGGCACACGGGCAGCGUGAACGAGGUUUGCUUCCACCCCAAGGAGCCGAUCAUCGCCUCCGUGGCCUCCGACAGGAUGGUCUUUAUGGGCGAGCUGGGCGAUUAGAAGGUUUUCGGCAGGCUCCUGGUGACGGCAGAGGUGUCCUCUGAAAGGGGGCUGUGGAUAGCGUGUUGCACGCCUCUGGACAACGCCCCAUUGCACGUGCAAAUCCGGAUGUCGCAUAUGGAGUGAGUGGGCGCAA